AUGCAGCAAUACAAGUCUACGCAACAAGAAUCCGGUUGGAGUCCCACUAACGACAUGGUACCCACAACAUAUGGUAGAGCGACGGACUAUCGAUCUUCCUCUGGCCUUAGUGAUACAAACAAUAGAGAAGACGCAAAAAGAGAAGAGCAAUCGUCAACCAACACAGUCGCACCGUCUUGGUUUUACGACGGGCUUUAUUCACCCAGCGGCUUCAAUAUUAUAGACAUACUCAUUCGAGUCCAGAGGCGCCAGAAUCCCCAGAUAGAGCUUGGUGUGCUCGACGCCAACGUUGCACUUCUCCUUUGUGAUACUUCACUUCCCGACCUGCCAAUCGUCUACUGUUCCGACGGCUUCGAAGAUUUGACCGGCUAUAUGCGUACCGAGAUUAUCGGCCGCAACUGUCGCUUUCUACAGACACCUCCCCAGGCGUCAUCACAUAACCACUACCGUACAUCAUCAGGUCAACUUGCUCAACCUCCAGUUCGACGUCCUCAAGACCAGCAGAAUUUGGCGCAUUUCAAGCAAAUCAUCAUGGACAGAAAGGAGGUUCAAAUGGUUGUUACAAAUUACACAAAGUACGGCAUGGUGUUUCCAAACAUGAUUACAGUCAUACCUAUCGACCUGGGUGAGGGAGCGUCACCCGCCGAGCUUCCAAGAUAUCUAGUCGGAUUCCAGGUCAACGCGAGGAGUCUUGUUCAAUAUCACCAUAGUUGA